AUGGGCGACGCAAGAGGCAUCGCUGAAGUAGGAGGCAUCAGUGAGGUAGGAGGCAUGGGCGAGGCAAGAGGCAUCGGUGAAGUAGGAGACAUCAGUGAGGUAGGAGGCAUGGUCGAGGCAAGAGGCAUCGGUGAAGUAGGAGGCAUCAGUGAGGUAGGAGGCAUGGGCGAGGCAAGAGGCGUCGGUGAAGUAGGAGGCAUUAGUGAGGUAGGAGGCAUGGGCGAGGCAAGAGGCAUCGGUGAAGUAGGAGGCAUCAGUGAGUUAGGAGGCAUGGGCGAGGCAAGAUGCAUCGGUGAAGUAGGAGGCAUCAGUGAGGUAGGAGGCAUGGGCGAGGCAACAGGCAUCGGUGAAGUAGGAGGCAUCAGUGAGGUAGGAGGCAUGGGCGAGGCAAGAGGCAUCGGUGAAGUAGGAGGCAUUGGGCGAGGCAAGAGGCAUCGGUGA